AGGAAACACUCCUUCCAGUGGUGGAGUGGAAAUGAACAGAUCACCGAAGAAGAAGAAAAAAGUUGGUUGGAUAGCCAUGCAGAAACUCCCUCAGGUCUAUACAUUUCAGAUAUAAAUCAGCAGGCUUCUCCCCCCUCCCCAAACAGAACUGUGUACCUGUUUAAAUCUAGCAGAUGUAGCUAAGGUGUUUUUUUUUUCUUUUCUUUCUCACAUUGUAGACAUUUAUAAAUAUAACACAGUGGAAACUGUAAUCCAAACAAUGGUGAAAUACAUACUGGAAUGUUGAUUUGGCCACAUGACUCAAAUUAAAAUUAGUAUAGAGAUCUUGUAUAUGAGCUCGUGUCCUAGUCGUGGUGAAAUGCACUGUCAUAUAAAUGAUCAGUAUCUAGAGUUCAGUGCUUGGUCAAGGUAAUAUGUUCUGAGAGAGAGAAAGAGAGCACUUUAUUGCUCUUUAGAGACACCAGCUGGCAAGUGAAUGGAGCAGUCUGAAGAGAAACAAGUGUAGACCCAAGAGAAGUUAUUGCAGGAUAAUGCACUGGGCUAGGAGUAAAAAGGACAAGCAGUAGCACACAGUUUUGUCAUGACCCAAAGGUCUGAUUUUUGUGUGUGCUUCGGCACUAAGAAUUAUCCCCGUGGGUUUGCAACUUCAUUGCACGGAGGAGUUCUGCUGCGCAGAGAACCCGCGUGCAAAGGAGAGUUCCUGCCACUUUGCAGCUGUCUUUGCAGGGUGCAUUUUCUUUACAACACAGAAAUGCACAGUGCAAAGGAGUUCCUACUCGUCGUAUGCAAAUUCGUGCCCCGCAAUUGUCUAGUGCUAAAUUAUUCACAUGUGGCAGCUAGCGAUUGGCCUGCUAGCCGUAUAAGAGGCUUGAGCAGUUUCCGCCCAAGCCGAAGAGGACUCCGCAUCCAUCUCGUGGGGACUCUGGGUGUACGCAGCAGGGUAAUAGAAACCCUGUGUGUUGCUCAGAGGAGUUUGGCGGCCUGAUCCACCGCCCACCUCUUCCCAUCUUCGAACGGAGCCUACUAUAAGACGUACCGACGAGUUUUAUGCGCGCUUGUCCUGGACAUCCGGAGUUCUGUCUGCGUGGUGCCUAGCAAACUCCACGUGUGUUCGUGUUUUCUGUUGUAACCGCAACUCAAGCAAGUUCUCAGCCUGCACAACGACCAUCUCGGUGUAAGUAAACAAUCUUAAAAUCAACCGUUAAGUGUCUGUGCCUAAUUCUAGCUCGGCGACCUCCCUCUCCGACCCGGCCUGCCCGGGCUGCCAGCCACAGCCCGCGUGCAGAGCGACGAAAAGGGCCCGGGGCCUGACCCGGCCCGCACAUGGCGACGAGGAUGGGAUCAGGAGAGGGCUCGCUAGAGUUAGAAUUAGUUGAGAACUGCCCUUGGAGAAGUGGGAGACGCAGAGUAGCAAGCGUCGCAGAACUGGAGGCACACGUCGUGUACCACCAGGUGGGCGGAACAGGCAGGAGAUGUGUCCGUGGACAUCUUUCGCUAAGGGGAGAAGAAGGAACUUCCAAAGUCGGAGCCCUAGAACGGAAAGGAGUGUGUCUGCACCCCGCGGCAUUCGGGUGUAUCAUGGGUGAUGAGUGGGUCCUGUACAGGCCCCUCGAUGCUGUAACCCUUGCCAAAGUCGACCCGGCGAGCGCAGUAAGCCCAACCCCCACCCGGGAGUGUGUCCGUUGUUCACUGUGUGCCCGAGAGAUGGGAGAGACGAUGCCAAUCGGCUAGUUCUCCCCUUGCAUGGUGGUGCCUAGACUAAGGGGUCGUGAGCGUCUGUCUGAGCUCCGCGAAGACCCGGAGAUGGAGGACCGCGCCGUAAAUGAGUGAGUGGUCCUACGGUGCGACAAGCGGGGAAAACUAAAUGCAACCUUUCAAACUAUGACUGAUCUGAUGAGUGAAACUUUAAGCUUGGAGACCCAGCUGCGUAUGGCCGUUCGGGCGGUCAGAGAAGCGGCUGAGAAAGGGGAUCUUAAACUGCCCCGACAAGAUGGCGCCAAGCAGAGGGAAGACCGCGUGGAGAAGCUGGAAGAGAGGGAUGGAGCUUCGGGAGAGCCCGCGAGGGUUCGGCCAGUGACUCCGCCCAGCGACGCAGCGUCGGUUCCACCGACCACACGCCUUUGCCGAAGGGAGGGGGAGUCAAGCGGAGGAGUGCAUCCGCCCCUCCCGCCUGAAACAACAACAACCCCCACUGUAACAAUGACUACAGCUCCGACAGAAACAGUAACAGCAACGACAACUCGCGAAGAAAUUGAUCAGCCUGCAGUAUCAAACAGCCCAGUCAUCGGUCCUCAGAGUGCAGUUCAAGCUACCACCUAUUACGCUCGUUCCAGAGCCGAACUGCAGAAUUUAUGUAGAGAAUCCAGGAUCCGACCCGAAGAAACUCUGGCUGUGUGGUUGGGACGUCUAGUCGUGGAACUUGGGUCCGACCUCCUGGACCAGGAAGAAGCAAGCUUCUUGGUGAGACAAGCUUCAUGGAGUGGGGGACAUGUCACCGACAUCGACAUGGUGGCGUUUAGCGUCCACUGGCCUAUUCUGAUUCCAGUGCUUGUGGCAGGAGUGAUUGAACAGAAGGCCCACGCAUGGCAUGACGGCCGACCAGAGCACACCGGUGCAGAACAGCUUGUACUGGCUAUUAUCGGAGUUUCGUAUUGCGCCUGGAGCCCAAGAGAAUGCACGUUGGGACUAACACCGCUCCAGCGAAUGCGACCGUGGCCUCACCGUCACCUGCGAGACCCUGGAACCAUUCCAGUGACUCUCGACAGCAUAGAUCGUUGUCUUAAGGUUUACGGGCAAAGAAACAUCAUGGUUUUGCAGAUUGUGCUGAACCCACUGGUCGAUCAUCCUGUGAGUAGUCUCCUUCAUCAGUUGUCUAGACUGCGCGUCCUCAUGGAGCCAAGACUAUCCAGUGAUCGGGAGUAUCAACGCCCGACUGAGGCUCAGAACACGAAACACCGCGAAUCCGAGCAUCCAGUAUUACGCCAGAGAACGCAAGAGGAGCGAUACAUGUUUGGAUUCCUCCUACAGCGCUCUGGACUUAAUAAGAGACAGCUUCGGAUUUUAGGAGACACGGGACAAUGGCAGCUAGCCUACGAGUUAGGUUUUCACUAUCUAGAAGAAGGCGAUGAUGACUCUUCGACGAUUUCGUCGAGUUGCUGAGUGUGAAGAAAGAGAGAGAGCUGUCCAGUAUAAAAUCGUGUUUACAUAUUUGUAUUUAAUAGCGAUGAUAAGUUUAAUCGACUGCAUUAUCAUGCGGUCCUGUGUGAUUUUAUAAAUAGUAGUGAAUAACCAUUUUAAGAGAGUUCUUUUACAGAUCAGGGAUUCGGAGUGUGUGGUGGAGAGAGGCCCCGAGAGGGACAACAUCACCGAAAGGAACGAAGGCCUGACGCGCGAUUCCACCAUGAUGCCCACCGAAGUCAUGAUCGUUCAGUUUUUUGUUAUGAAUGUGAUUUUAUGUAUAUGUGUGUGUGCGCCGGCUAUUAUUUGAUUCGAUCCCUUGAGGACGAACUUUUAUUGUUGACUGAUUUUGUUUUUGCUCGUUUAGUUUCGCGAACCAUUGACAGAACUAUGAAUAACCAGGAUGAUAGGUUUGAAGUAUAAUUCUAUUGUGCCUUCAGCAAGGGGGGAUGUCAUGACCCAAAGGUCUGAUUUUUUGUGUGUGCUUCGGCACUAAGAAUUAUCCCCGUGCGUUUACAGCUUCAUUGCAUGGAGGAGUUCUGCUGCGCAGAGAACCCGCGUGCAAAGGAGAGAGUUCCCGCCACUUUGCAGCUGUCUUUGCAGGGUGCAUUUUCUUUACAACACAGAAAUGCACGGUGCAAAGGAGUUCCCGCUCGUUGUAUGCAAAUUCGUGCCCCGCAAUUGGCUACUGCUAAAUUAUUCACACGUGGCGGUUAGCGAUUAGCCUGCUAGCCGUAUAAGAGGCUUGAGCAGUUUCCGCCCAAGCCGAAGAGGACUCCACAUCCAUCUCGUGGGGACUCUGGGUGUACACAGCAGGGUAAUAGAAACCCUGUGUGUUGCUCAGAGGAGUUUGGCGGCCUGAUCCACCCCCCACCUCUUCCCGUCUUCGAACGGAGCCUACUAUAAGACGUACCGACGAGUUUUACGCGCACUUGUCCUGGACAUCCAGAGUUCUGUCUGCGUGGAGCCUAGCAAACUCCACGUGUGUUCAUGUUUUCUGUUGUAACCGCAACUCAAGCAAGUUCUCAGCCUGCACCACGACCAUCUCGGUGUAAGUAAACUAUCUUAAAAUCAA